AGCGCAUAUAAACAGAGAUAUGUGCAUAUUAUAAACGAGGGAAAAUGUGAAUGAAAAAUCUGUCAGAAAUUAAUUGAAAUUCAGCAACAAAAAUAAGAAAAUAAUCAUGUUUUUAAUGAGCCGCCAACACCAGCGGCACCAUCACCACCUGCCGCCGCAUCAGCAACAGCAGCAGCAGAUGCCACAGCAGCAGCAACAGUUGACGCCGCAGCAGCAGCAGCAACAUCAGCUUCUAAUGGCAGAACAUGCGGCGGCCGCGGAAGCGGCGGAGCUUUUUGAUCUGCUCUGCGUGGCAACGACAAUGCGCCAGAUCCUGGCCCUCCAUCGGGCCAUGUGUGAGGCUGUGGGUCUGCGGCCCUCCCCCUUAAACGACUUCUACCCACGACUCAAGGCCAAGGUGCGAUCGUGGAAGGCGCAGGCUCUGUGGAAGAAAUUCGACGCCCGUGCUGCCCAUCGUGUCUACGGGAAGGGAGCAGCCUGUACUGGCACCCGUGUCCUGGUCAUCGGAGCCGGUCCUUGUGGCUUGCGCACUGCCAUCGAGGCUCAGUUGCUUGGUGCCAAGGUGGUGGUGCUGGAGAAACGUGACCGCAUCACCCGCAACAAUGUACUCCAUCUGUGGCCCUUCGUCAUCACGGAUCUGCGUAACCUUGGAGCCAAGAAGUUCUACGGCAAGUUCUGUGCCGGGUCCAUCGAUCACAUUUCCAUCCGGCAGCUGCAGUGUAUGCUACUCAAGGUGGCACUACUCCUCGGUGUGGAGAUCCACGAGGGCGUCAGCUUCGAGCAUGCUCUGGAGCCCUCGGGCGAUGGAGGGGGUUGGAGGGCAGCAGUUUCCCCAUCCGAUCACGCCGUCUCUCAUUAUGAGUUCGAUGUGCUGAUCGGGGCGGAUGGCAAGCGGAAUAUGCUGGACUUCAGGCGAAAGGAGUUUCGUGGCAAGUUGGCUAUUGCCAUCACGGCGAACUUCAUAAACAAGAAGACGGAGGCGGAGGCCAAGGUGGAGGAGAUCAGCGGAGUGGCCUUUAUCUUUAACCAGGCCUUCUUCAAGGAGCUUUACGGCAAGACGGGUAUUGAUCUGGAAAACAUCGUCUACUAUAAAGACGAGACGCACUAUUUUGUGAUGACGGCCAAGAAGCACAGUUUGAUUGACAAGGGUGUUAUCAUUGAGGAUAUGGCCGAUCCCGGUGAGCUUCUGGCCCCUGCCAAUGUGGAUACACAGAAACUGCAUGACUACGCCCGUGAGGCUGCAGAGUUCUCUACCCAGUACCAAAUGCCAAACCUUGAGUUUGCGGUUAAUCACUACGGCAAGCCCGAUGUGGCCAUGUUUGACUUCACUUCGAUGUUCGCCGCUGAGAUGUCCUGUCGCGUCAUCGUGCGUAAGGGCGCUCGCCUGAUGCAGUGCCUCGUGGGUGAUAGCCUGCUGGAGCCCUUUUGGCCCACAGGAUCGGGCUGUGCCCGCGGCUUCUUGUCCAGCAUGGACGCAGCCUAUGCCAUCAAGCUGUGGUCCAAUCCACAGAACAGCACCCUUGGCGUACUAGCCCAGCGUGAGAGCAUCUACCGGCUGCUCAACCAGACCACGCCGGACACUCUGCAGCGGGACAUUAGUGCCUACACCGUGGAUCCGGCCACGCGUUAUCCGAAUCUGAACAGGGAAUCGGUUAACAGCUGGCAGGUAAAGCAUCUGGUCGAUACGGAUGAUCCGUCCGUUCUGGAGCAGACCUUCAUGGACACGCAUGCCCUGCAGGCGCCGCUUGUUGAUACGCCUGGUAGGAGGAAGCGUCGUAGUGGAGACAUACUGCCCCAGGGUGCCUCUUUGCUGAGAUGGAUAAGUGCUCAGCUGAAUGCCCACCAGUUUAUUCCCGAGCUCAAGGAGGCUUCGGAUGUGUUCCGUAAUGGCCGCGUCCUCUGUGCGCUUAUUAAUCGCUAUCGUCCUGAUCUCAUCGACUUUGCUGCCACCAAGGACAUGAGUCCUGUGGAGUGCAAUGAGCUGGCCUUCGCCGUCCUGGAGCGUGAACUGCGCAUCGAUCGCAUCAUGACCGCCAAGCAAUCGCUGGACUUGACCGACGUGGAGUCGCGCAUUUGGCUCAACUAUUUGGAUCAGAUCUGUGAGCUGUUCCGCGGCGAAAUUCCGCACAUCAAGCACCCCAAGAUGGACUUCAGCGAUUUGCGCCAAAAGUAUCGCAUCAACCAUACGCACGCUCAGCCUGACUUCUCUAAGCUGCUGGCGACGAAGCCCAAGGCCAAAUCGCCGAUGCAGGAUGCGGUGGACAUACCGACGACGGUGCAACGCCGCUCUGUUUUGGAGGAGGAGCGGGCCAAGCGGCAGCGUCGCCACGAGCAGCUUCUCAAUAUUGGGGGAGGAGCUGGUGGAAACGCAGCCGGUGCUGCUGCUGGCGGAAGCGGAACGGGAGUCAUACCACCGCUGGGUCAAAACGAUACGCCACGUCGGUCGAAGAAGCGCCGCCAGGUUGACAAAACCGCCAAUAUUGAGGAGCGCCAGCAGCGCUUGCAAGAGAUCGAGGAGAAUCGGCAGGAGCGGAUGAGCAAGCGGCGCCAGCAGCGCUACCAUCAGACGCAGAACUUCUACAAGAGCCUCCAGCUUCUGCAGGCUGGCAAACUUUUGCGGGAGGGUGGCGAGCCAGGGGUGGCAGAAGAUGGUACCCCCUUUGAGGAUUACUCUAUAUUCCUGUACCGCCAGCAGGCGCCAGUCUUCAAUGAUCGUGUCAAGGACCUCGAGCGGAAGCUUCUGUUUCCCGAUCGGGAACGCGGGGACAUACCCUCAGCAUUACCGCGCACGGCGGACGAGCAGUUCAGCGAUCGCAUCAAAAACAUGGAGCAGCGAAUGACGGGACGCGGUGGUCUUGGUGGCGACAAGAAACCCAAGGAUCUGAUGCGGGCCAUCGGCAAGAUCGACUCAAACGAUUGGAAUGUGCGCGAGAUCGAGAAGAAGAUUGAGCUGUCCAAGAAGACGGAGAUCCAUGGGCCCAAGGGGCGGGAGAAAGUGCCCAAGUGGAGCAAAGAGCAGUUUCAAGCUCGCCAGCACAAGAUGUCCAAGCCACAGCGUCAGGAUUCGCGCGAGGCGGAGAAGUUCAAGGACAUCGACCAGACCAUUCGCAACCUGGACAAGCAACUGAAGGAGGGCCACAAUCUGGAUGUGGGCGAGCGGGGUCGCAACAAGGUGGCCUCCAUUGCCGGGCAGUUUGGCAAAAAGGAUGAAACGAAUUCGGAUGAGAAGAAUGCGGGCAGCAGCAAUGCCACCACCAACACCAACAACACAGUCAUACCCAAAUCUAGUUCCAAGGUGGCGCUGGCCUUUAAAAAGCAGGCUGCCUCCGAAAAGUGCCGCUUCUGCAAGCAAACUGUCUACCUGAUGGAGAAGACCACCGUUGAGGGAUUGGUUCUGCAUCGUAAUUGCCUUAAGUGCCACCACUGCCACACCAAUUUGCGUCUGGGAGGCUAUGCCUUCGAUCGAGACGAUCCACAGGGCCGUUUCUACUGCACCCAGCACUUCCGGCUGCCGCCCAAGCCGCUGCCUCAGCGCACCAACAAGGGCAGGAAAUCUGCUGCCGCUCAACCCGCCUCGCCUGCCGUUCCACCCAGUGCAGCUGCCACAACUGAGCCCAUGGACACCACUCCACCCAGGGAUCAAGUGGAUCUCCUGGAAACGUCGCGAGCUACAGCCUCAGCUGAUGCCAUGUCCGAUGACGAGGCCAAUGUCAUUGAUGAGCACGAGUGGUCGGGUCGCAACUUCCUGCCCGAAUCCAACAAUGAUUCCCAGUCAGAGCUAUCCAGUUCGGAUGAAUCUGGCACAGAGUCGGAUUCGGAGAUGUUCGAGGAGGCAGAUGAUUCACCUUUUGGUGCCCAGACUCUCCAACUGGCUUCGGACUGGAUUGGGAAGCAGUACUGUGAGGACAGCGAUGAUUCUGAUGAUUUCUACGACUCUAGUGAAGGUAUUGCGGAUGAUGGUAAGGACGACACUGAGGGCGAGGAAUUCAAGAAGGCCCGCGAGUUGCGUCGCCAGGAGGUUCGUCUUCAGCCCUUGCCCGCUAAUCUGCCCACGGAUACGGAGACUGAGAAGCUUAAGGUAAACGUAGACAAUAAAGAGAAUGUGGCCGAUGGUAGCUCUCUGAAAUCGGCUAACUCCUUUGAGUCCGCUCGGAGUCAACCAUCGACACCUCUUUCCACACCCACUCGUGUUGAGAUGGAGCAACUGGAGCGAAACGCUCCUCGUAAGUUUAGUAGCGAGAUAGAGGCAAUCAGUGAGAAACUUUAUCAUAUGAACAAUAUGGUUAAGAUGAACAAGGAUCUCGAGGUGCUGGCCAAGGAGAAUCUGGUCAAGAGCGACAUCCUACGCAAGCUAACCUUAAAGGAGAAGUGGCUAGCGGAGAAUGCGGCCAUAGCAGCUGGCCAAAAAGUUACUCCUGCUGCUCCAGCACUUCAACCGAAGUCCAAGUUCGAUGAAAAGUUCGAGAAGUUAGUGAGUCCACCCCAACCGGUGGCCGAAGUGAAACCGAAGCCUGUCAUAGAUUUCAAUCUGGACGAGCUAAAGCCACGCAAGCCCAACUUUGAGGAGCGUCCCAAGGAGCAGCUGCCAAAGCCUGAGUCUUUAAAGAAACUUCCCCACCCAAAACCAAAAGGGGGCAGCACCAACAUAAGCCGUUCCAACAGCUUAAAGAGCAACGCGAGCAACGGUAGCCCAAAGGUGAAGAAGGCUCCCAUUCCUAAUAACAGCAAGAUGCAGCUUGAAGGGAUCCUUGGUACUUUAAAGAAGAUCCAACGCCAGAACAGCAGUGAUAAGGAUGAGGAUAUGGACGUAGAUGCGGAUGUGGAUGUGGAAAGACAACCCAAUAAAGAGCUCAACACCAAGUUAAAGGAGAUCCAAGCCAGCAGCUUUGCAGGCACCAUGGAUCACAUAAAGUCACAGUUGACGAUGCCAACGGUAAGUGCCCAGGCACCACCCUCAAUGGACCUCUCGAAGUACUUUCCCAACCAGAAGCCAGAGAAGAGCUCUGCAAGCAGCACAAACAAGAACCAGGUCACCCUCAAAGAUGUGAAUCUUGCCAAGUACUUCCCCAGCAGUCCAGCUCCACAACGAAGAACCGUAGAAACGGUGGCAGAUCGAUUAAAGAAGUCCCAGACUGAGGCUUCAUUAGCCAAGUCUAAGCUCCAAGAGGAGAAGACUAAGAACCAGGAGGAGAAUGUUGGGCAGGCUAAAAAGAACCCAGGAAAGGUGGCAGAUUCCAAACCAGUGCCACCUAAACGACAAGCUUCAUUGGACACCUUCAGUUUGAGGGAUCAUCAGAUGGAUGGAGCUCUUGACCUGACCAAAAAGAAGGCUCCCGCAAAAGCUACAUCGGCAGUCAAGAAGCCAGCAAAGUUAGGAAGUACCACAACCUUAACGAAAGCCACAGCCACGUCCAAGGGAAAGACCAUUAAAAUUGUCAAGAAAAUCGUACCGAAAGGUACCAAAGCCAAAAAGGCGGCAGCUCUAGAAGCCGCCGCUGCAGUGGAGGUUGUUCCAGAAAAGGAGCCACCAAAGGAUGAAGCUGAACGGAUAUUGGAUGAAAUCCUCGGAGAUGGAGAAGUACGUUCACCGAGCUCCGAGUAUCAGCGCUUGUUUCAAGAUGAAAAGUCACCCAGCGAUUUAUCUGACAAUAUUGAUCGCAUACUCGAGGAGACCGGAUUGGAUCUGGAACUAGGGCUUCCUAAACGCAGUAGCAAGAAGCUAGUAAAAACCAAAUCCCUAGGCGAGGGUGAGUUCGAUUUGAAACCAUCGAAAGAAAGACUGACUGGAGUACAGAACAUCCUCAAGCGAUUCGAGUCUAUGAGUUCGGUAACCUCCCAGAAUUCGCAGAAUAGUGACGAACAAGCAGCCUUCAAAUUGCGCCGCAUGGAGUCAACCACCAGCAACUUGAGCAGCUUAACCCGCUCCAGGGAAUCACUGGUCUCCGCCAGCGAUUCAAUGAGUGAUUUAGAGAAGACCAUGGAUUACCUGCGUAACGAAUGGCGCAACGAGGCCACCAACUUUCUGCAAAAGAAGCGUGACAAAUUCUAUGCCCAAAAGGAGGAAAAGCAAAAAGAGGCACAGAUUAAAGCCAAACCUGAUCCUAUAAACGAUCUCCCCGUGCAGUAUCGCGAUUCAAAGCUGGCCAAGUUCUUUGGCCUAAACGCUCGUAAGUCCCCCGAGAAACGAAAGUCUCCUAUUAAAAAGAAAAAAUCCCCCUCUAAAACGCCAAAGGUCAGCAAGGCAAACAAUUCCCUGGAGGAACUGGUCAAGAUCAGUAAUGUUCGCCAGGCCAAACAGGCCCAAAAGAAGGCGCCAAAGUCCGUGGAGAUAAAACUUUUAAAACCAGCCAGUCCUGUUCCAGAUGAUUUUGAGAUUCUUGACCUGCUGGAAAAGGCAACGGAGGCUAAAGAGCUGGAGCGAUCAAAGACGAAGAGUCCAGCGGUAGAACCCAUUAAAGAAGUGCCCAUAGAAGCUAAAAUAGAAAUUCCCCUACCAGUUGAAGAUAUUAAAAAUCUACCCAAAACCGGGUGUGAUAAGUCCACGAAUAGCUCACGUCGUGGCUCCCAAUCCAGUUUGGUAAUGUCUCGGCGACAGUCGGAGAUUUCCCUUAACGAGAAGCUCAACCAGGAGGCGCUUGUUGCCUUGGAUAACUUGGAAAAGGAGAGGGAGGCAGAGCAAGUGGACGAACUGUUCCAAAGUAUGGUGGAAGAAAUGGAGCAGGAACCGCAGCCUACAACUAUUGCAGAGCCACUAGAAGAUGACUUUGAUGCUGAUUCGCUGUGUACCACGAUCAGCAAGAGUCCCAGCGCCCAACCAGUCACAGUGGUAAAACGAGGCAGUUCUGAGGAUCAGAGCAUUGAGAAGCUUUUUGGCCACUUUUCCGACGAGAUGCUGGUGAAUGUGGAAUUCGAUUCGAACGACGAACUGGUGGGCAUUACUCCAAGGGCCACACUCGUUUCAAGGAACACAGCGGAUCGGGAUUAUCUGGAUAAGCUUGAGUCUUUGGAACGUGAUGAGGAGUCCUUCCAACCGUCUGCUGGGGAGAAAUUCAAACAGAAUAAUGUUCAGGAUGAAGUGGAUGGCAUGCACUUUCCAUCACGCCCACAACGUAGACCCAAAAGUAGCUCUUCCUCUAGUGAACCAUCACUUCCCGUGGCUCCACAAAGGCUGAAGAAAAAGCUUUCCAAACUAGAUCCGGAGGAUAUGGCUCCUUCUGUACAGGAUCUUCUACAUCAGGUUUACAUUAAAAAUGUUCAACCUGACGCUGUGGAAGUAAUUCCAGUUGAAAGCAGGCAAACUUUGAGAUUCCCCAGCAUGUUGGUAGAAGAAAAUCUCGACGAAGUGGAUCAUCCUAAAGAGGUAAUCAAAGAAAAUGGUUCCGUUCCAGAGCAGGUCAAGGAGGAAACUAUUACACAACCUGAAGAGAUUCCACAGGCUAUACCCAUUAUCCCCAAACCCCCAAUAAGUCACAGUAAUUCCCUCAAGAGCGAAAACUCUUCUGGAAGCAGCUUAGUGGAGAUACCGAAGAUAAUUACCCCACCCAAGUCCAGUAGCAAGGAGAACUCUUCGGAUUGGGACAUGGAAAAGCUUCCCGCAUCGCCCAUGCCACGUCGAAGGCUGCUCCAAAACCAACCGCCCUCUAAAGCCCAAAGCGUGGCUAGUAAGGAGAGCUCUUUGGAGUGGGACAUGGAGAAGCUACCCAACAGUCCCAUGCUUCCAAGAAGAGCCGAUGCGGCUCAAAAACGUCUUAUCGAAGACUUUGAGCAGGAGAGACGUCAGGCUCUGAUCAAGAGGGACGAGAGCUUCGAAGCCAUCGCGGCGGAGCAACGUAGACGCGACUCCCUGCAGAGCAGCAGCAACUCGAGCAGCAAGCGGAGUUUGCCGCCACCCACACCGCCCAUGAAUGCUCACUCACGACGCGGCACCACUCAAGACACAAAUCGCACCCAGGAUACGACAACGCGGCGCGAGGGCACGCCUCCCAUGUUCAAGAAGCUGGAUGUCGAUGGUAGCGCAGCCCCCUCCAUAGAAUCCACCGCCUGCUCCACGCGGCGCAGCUCGUUUGCAUUUAUAGAGUUACAGGACAACAAACCGGUGAUUGUUCCCAUGCCCAAGAAACUAAAGAUACCCAAGCCGGAGCAGCCCAGGUUUGUACCCGAACCAGUUGCCAUUGAUGAGCCGGUGCCCGAGGUAUUCCAAGGUCGUUCGUGGCCCAAGGCGCAGUUGGAAGGCGAGGUAGACCUUGAGGAUUUGGAUGAAGAGGAACAGGCAGAGAAGAUAAGGAAACAGCUGCCUGAAUACGCUCGCUCAGAUUCCCCGCCAUCGGCUGCUUUUAAGAACCGCAAGUGGCCAGAUGGGAAAACCGUUUUCGAUAAACGUGCCGAAUCCCUUGAGGAGGAAGAUAUUUUUGAAGGAUUAUUGUCCCCAAACAAAAGAGGUUCUCGAAAAUUCAAGGAUAAGCCGCGAUCUCAAUCGCCACAGCCCUUUAAACCGCUAGCCAACAGCUCCCGACAAAGCUCAAAAUCUUAUAGCGACCUCAAAAAAGGACCCUCCAUGCAAUCUCUGUCGGCGCAAUCCAGCCAGGACACGGACACUAUCUCCACCACCACAACAGUGGCCACUGCUCGUCCUGUGAGCCACGUCAACUACGAUGAUCCCAUGGACGCCAGUACCCAAGCCUUGCUGGAUCGCAGCAAAAGGUUGCAUAACCGCAAAAGAGAUUUCGUUAACGAAAGAGUAGUGGAGCGUAAUCCCUAUAUGAGGGAAGUACUGCGCAGUACAGAUCGCAGGGACUACGACGAUGUGGAUGAUGAUCUGACCAGUUACAGGCCAAGGCAUUAUGCCAGCUCCACGCUAAACCGUUUUCCAAAUACUUCAACCCGAAAGAGCAACACCUACGACUACCUCAGUCCCAGUAGUGAUUACCUGACCAGGACCAGAACCUACAACAUACCGAGCAGCAGUGCAACCAGCAGCUAUUAUCCAUCGACCACGCGCAGCUCCCACCUGAGCGACUUGUUCCGACGACGGAGCCCCGCCAGCGGAUCCGGAACUGGAUCUGCACUUUCCGGCUAUGGCAACAAAGAGUCGUGCAUCGGGCUAGCCUCUGAUCGAGUUAGCCACUUGAUUGAAAGUAAAUGCACCUGGGUACGAUCUACGAAGGUUCAAACCGAGUCCGAGAGCACUUCACCCGACGAAGUGGAGCUCAACUCUGCCACGGAGAUAUCCACCGACUCCGAGUUUGACAACGAUGAGAUUAUACGCCAGGCGCCCAAAAUCUUCAUCGAUGACACCCAUCUAAGGAAGCCCACAAAGGUCCAGAUUAAGUCCACCAUGAUCGGACCCAAUGCAGCUGCUGCUGGACUUCACCAGAAACAGUUGGCUGCGCGGGAGAAGGGUGGCAGCUACCUCCAAAAGUACCAACCACAACCGCCACUGCCACAGUUCAAGCCACUGGUUCAGGUGGAUCCCACUCUUUUUAUUGGUAGCCAGCGCGCUCCUCUCCAAAAUCCCCGGCCAGGAGAUUACUUGCUUAACAAGACAGCCAGUACCGAGGGCAUCGCGUCCAAGAAGAGCUUGGAGCUAAAGAAGCGCUACUUGUUGGGUGAACAGGCCAAUGGCAACAAGAUCCAGAAGUCGGGUUCGACCUCGGUACUGGACUCACGCAUCCGCAGCUUCCAGUCAAACAUCUCGGAGUGCCAGAAGCUGUUGAAUCCCAGCAGUGAUAUCAGUGCCGGCAUGCGCACCUUCCUCGAUCGCACAAAGUUAGGUGAGGGCAGCCAGGCAGUUGGACAGACCAACGAGCUCAUCCGCUCAGCCACCAGUAAUGUGAUAAACGAUCUGCGCGUUGAGCUCAGGAUACAGAAAGCUCCAUCCAGUCACUCCACUGACAAUGAGAAGGAGAAUGUGUUUGUGAACUGCAAGAACGAACUUAACAAGGGAAUGGAGUACACGGAUGCGGUUAACGCCACGCUGCUGGACCAGCUGGCUAGAAAAAGUUCUCCAACCACGCCAACGAACAACAAAACGGUGAUCGAGGUUAUUGACCUAGUGACUCCGGAGAAGCCGGUGGCCAUUAUCGAUCUCACAGCGCUGGACACGCCCAAGAAGCAGUCGGUGGAUGGUGGCGCCAUGGAUGUUGAUGAUCGUCUUACACCUGAUAGUAACAAGAUAAGCGAGCUACAGCAGGAGAUAAAAGAGGAACCAAAGCCGGAUGUCUCUCGUGAUGUAAAGGAAUGCAUUCCCGAUAUACUGGGACAUAUUAAGGAGGGAACAGGAACGAAGGAGCAGGGUGGCGAGGAGCAGCAGAGUCUGUUGGAGCAUUCUGAUGAGGAGAAGCGCGACUCUCCAGAGAAGGAUGUGGCCGAGCAUGAGCUUUAUGAGCCGGAUAGUGUGCAGAUACAGGUUCCCAACAUCCCAUGGGACAAGGCAAAGCCGGAGGUCAUGUCUACCACGGGCAGUAGUGGGUCCAUCUGUUCAAGUUCAGAAUCGUCCAGCAUAGAAGAUAUUCAGCAUUAUAUUCUUGAGUCUACUACUAGUCCCGAUACCCAAACAACGGGUGGAAAGCGCAAUGUACCACGUUUGGAAGUGCACGAUACGAGUGGCGCCUUGAUGCAGGUAGACAGCCUGAUGAUUGUGAACGGAAAGUAUAUCGGGGAUCCCGAAGAUGUCAAGUUCUUGGAUAUGCCCGCCAACGUUAUUGUUCCAUCUGCUCCAGCGUUGAAAACAAACGAGGUGGAAAUGGAGGAUGACCAUGAGACAGAACCAGUGACAGCUACUCCAGAGCCUGCAGAGUGUACAGUCAUCGAAGCAGAUCGUCGCGUCACUGCACCGCCCCCACUACCCGAAAUGGGACCACCCAAACUGAAGUUCGACAGCAAAAACGAGAAUAAGAUUGAGAGCCUUAAGAACCUUCCGUUGAUCGUAGAGAGUAAUGUGGAGCACAGUCAGGCGGUAAAGCCCAUUACGCUUAAUUUAAGCAGUUUGGCGAGGACCCCUGAUACUCCAACUACGCCCACGGCGCACGAUAGCGAUAAGACGCCCACAGGGGAAGUGCUUUCUCGAGGAUCUGACUCUGAAACCGAGCAUACUGGCACCGGACAGGUGUUGACGGAAACAGAACUCUCCGACUGGACAGCAGAUGACUGCAUUUCAGAGAACUUUGUAGACAUGGAGUUUGUGCUUAACUCGAAUAAGGGAACGAUAAAGCGGCGUAAAGAUCGACGACGGGGAGGCACCAAGCUACCUAGUGGAAACGAGGUUAUCCAUGAGCUGGCCAGGCAGGCGCCAGUGGUGCAGAUGGACGGAAUCUUAAGUGCCAUCGACAUAGAUGAUAUUGAGUUUAUGGACACGGGCUCGGAGGGUUCCUGUGCAGAGGCUUAUUCAGCAACGAAUACGGCUCUUAUUCAGAAUAGGGGUUAUAUGGAGUACAUUGAGGCAGAACCCAAGAAGACGACCCGCAAAGCGGUUCCUCCAUCCAGUUAUUCUGGAAACUUACCUCCGCUAGUGGCAAAGCGGGAUGAGAAAUUGGGCAUAGAUUACAUUGAACAGGGAGCGUACAUAAUGCAUGAUGAUGCGAAGACGCCAGUAAAUGAGGUUGCUCCAGCCAUGACCCAAUCCUUGACCGAUUCUAGCACCCUCAAUGAACUAGAUGAUGAUAGUAUGGGUGGGUUGGGCUUAUCCCAGACCCAGCAAACUACAACGGAGGAAAGUGAGGCGUUGACCGUGGUCACCAGUCCACUGGACACCUCCUCGCCACGUGUGCUCGACCAAUUUGCCUCUAUGUUGGCUGCGGGCAAAGGUGAUUCAACACCAAGCAGCUCAGAGCAGCAACCAAAGACCUCAACGGUGACCAGCAGCAGCACUGGUCCCAAUUCCUCGACACCAGGAAACGCCUCUAAGGAGGCAGCUCCUCAAGAGGAGGAUCUACAGAUCCAGUUCGAGUAUGUCCGAGCACUGCAGCAGCGCAUCUCCCAGAUCAGCACUCAGCGACGCAAGAGCUCAAAGGGAGAGGCGCCCAACUUGCAAGUAAAUGCCAAUGCAUCUGUGAUAGAAUCAGCCGAAGAUCCGCCCAAGUCCGCGGAGGAGCCGGUGGCGAUGCGACCGCGGAGCACCAGCAUCUCCGGUAAGGUUUCUGAGAUACCAACGCUCAGUAGCAAACUGGAGGAGAUUACCAAAGAGCGCACUAAGCAGAAGGAUCUCAUUCACGAUCUGGUUAUGGAUAAGCUGCAGUCGAAGAAGCAGUUGAAUGCCGAGAAACGUCUGCAUCGUAGUCGUCAGCGCAGUCUGCUGACCAGCGGCUAUGCUAGUGGUGCCAGUCUUAGUCCGACACCCAAGCUGGCGGCUGCCUGCAGUCCACAGGAUUCCAAUUGCUCCAGUCAGGCGCACUACCAUGCCUCCACGGCUGAGGAGCGACCAAAGCCGCCAACGGAGAGGCCUUUACAGAAGUCCGCCACUUCCACGUAUGUGUCGCCCUAUCGAACUGUCCAAGCGCCCACACGCAGUAGUGAUCUCUACAAGCCGCGUCCCUUCAGCGAGCAUAUCGAUACGAAUGCUUUGGUAGGAUAUAAGUUGGGCAAGACGGCUUCAUUUAAUGGAGGAAAAUUGGGCGACUUCGUAACUCCCAUUGCUCCGUCGAGAGGUAAUCGUGGAGGAGAAGCAGCUGUGGCUCAGGAAGUGGCCAACAUUUCCGCUUCAACAGAGAACUUGAGAAGUGAAGCCAGGGCUAGGGCUCGCCUGAAAUCCAACACAGAGCUGGGUCUAAGUCCCGAGGAGAAGAUGCAGCUAAUUCGCGCACGAUUGCAUUACGACCAAAACAGAUCCCUCAAGCCAAAGCAGCUUGAGGAUAUGCCAUCCGGCGACCUGGCAGCACGUGCCCGCAAAAUGAGUGCCUCAAAGAGUGUUAACGAUCUGGCCUACAUAGUGGGCCAGCAGCAGCAACAGCAGCUGGAAAAGGAUGCAGCGCUUCAGGCCAAGGCGGCCGACUUCACAUCUGAUCCUAAUUUGGCGUCCGGUGGCCAGGAGAAGGCAGCCAAAACGAAGUCAGGACGCAGGCCCAAGGAUCCGGAGCGGCGCAAGAGCCUCAUACAGUCGUUGUCCAGCUUCUUCCAAAAGGGUUCUUCAUCCGCGGCCACCAGUCCCAAGGAGCAGGGCGGUCCUGUGGCUGCCGGCCACUCUGAGCAUUCAGAGCGACCCGGCACCAGCAGCAGCGGCACGCCCACAAUCUCGGAUACGGCAGGAGGAGGCGGAGGAGGUGGAGUCUUUAGCCGAUUCCGCAUCUCGCCCAAGUCCAAGGAGAAGUCGAAGUCUUGCUUUGAUCUGAGGAGUUUCGGUUUUGGUGACAAGGAUAUGCUGGUCUGCAAUGCUGCAGCAGGAGCCACAUCACAGGCAAAUCACUCGCAAGAGUAUUUGAACACCACGAACAACAGUCGCUAUCGAAAGCAAACGAACACUGCGAAACCGAAACCCGAAUCGUUCUCAUCAUCUAGCCCGCAGCUCUACAUACACAAGCCCCACCAUCUGGCCGCAGCUCAUCCAAAGGCCUUGGACGACCAGACACCACCGCCCAUACCGCCUUUGCCACUGAAUUAUCAGAGAUCCGAUGAUGAGAGCUACGCUAACGAGACACGGGAGCAUAAGAAGCAACGUGCCAUAUCGAAGGCUUCACGACAAGCUGAGCUCAAGCGAUUGCGAAUCGCUCAAGAGAUUCAGCGGGAACAGGAGGAGAUUGAGGUGCAGUUAAAGGACCUGGAGGCACGCGGCGUACUCAUUGAGAAGGCCCUGCGGGGCGAGGCGCAGAACAUUGAAAACCUGGACGCGACUAAGGACAACGACGAGAAGUUACUUAAGGAACUUUUGGAGAUUUGGCGAAACAUCACAGCACUCAAGAAACGCGAUGAGGAACUGACUAUAAGGCAACAGGAACUGCAAUUGGAGUAUCGGCAUGCCCAGCUCAAGGAAGAGCUCAAUCUGCGCUUGUCCUGCAACAAACUGGACAAGAGCUCCGCCGAUGUGGCCGCCGAGGGCGCAAUACUCAAUGAGAUGUUGGAAAUUGUCGCUAAGCGAGCAGCCCUGCGACCCACAGCCUCACAGCUCGACCUCACGGCAGCGGGGUCGGCAUCGACCUCCGCAGAGGCAACGGGCAUAAAGCUGACUGGACAACCGCAUGACCACGAAGAAUCGAAUAUUUGAAUAGCAAACUUUUCCUGGAGUCUGCUGGUCUACGAAGUUUUGCACGGACUUUUGAGCCUAAAUACUUAAGAUGAUACAGGGGAGAAUGUACCAAAAAGGCAGCUGAAUAUACAAAAUUAACAAUACUAAAUCCCAUGAGCUGUAACCGAAACGAGCAACUAACUAUUCAAAGUGAUUAAGCUGGCAGAGAACAAUUUCAAUAUAUUUAAGUAGUGAGCCUAACUAAUUUUUGAGAAGCGCGCAAGAUUAAUAAUGUAAAAACUGGCAGAGUAGAAAUCAAAACCAAAAACUAAUUUCGCAAUUUGAAAGUAAGGAGUACGAUUAUUAUCGAGAAUAUCUUUAGUUUCGUAUUCAACCUAAUUGUAUGUUUAGUUAGUCUUCGCCACUGAAAUUUGUCUGAUCUGUGUACGUCCUAUGCAAUAUGUUGUGUUUUAUUUAAUGUAAUUCGUUAAUUUGAUUGUGAAACUUGAACAUGUGCAAAGGGUAUGUGAUUUUGAGUCUGUAAAUCGUCUAUUUGAGUUUUCUUAGGUUAUAUUUUCACUUAGCAAUUGUUUGUCAUUUCUGUGUAUACCGUUUCAAUGUAUGUAUUAUUAUUUAUUUUUCAAAGUUCCCGCACAUCCUCCCAAAACAGCAGACCCAUGUAUGUAAUAUGUUAUUUGCUGCCCAACCAAAAUCAAAGUGAACACAAAGAGAUGCACACAAACAUUUUCUAUAUGCGAGAGCCUACAUACAUAUAUUAAUGUAAAGGAGCAGAGCAACCAUUAUCUGUAUACUAAUGAAAUGAUUUAAAUUAUUGUGUAAUUUUAUUUAUAACCUGCAUAUAUAAAAACAUAUUUAUCGAAUUUAUUAUGUAAUUUUUCGAUUUAUUUUGAAUUGAAUAAAGAUUUUAUGAAACCUAAA